AUGCUGCCCUCGGGAUCGAUUCUAAGCACGCUUGCUGCCCAGCACCCGCUGGGUGGCCUCAGUGUGCAGCCGCAAUCUCGCCAGCAGCCGGCCGGCGUGCCGACCGCCCCUCCCAGACGUGAACCGUUCCCGGCCUGGAGUGCAAUCGACGAGGCCAAGAAAAAGGCAGAUGCCUUUGGCAAAGAAGCGGCUCGUGAAUACGAUGUGGCGAGCAAGAAGGCCCAGGACAAGGCGGGCAAGAUCGAGCCCUGGAGCCCCAAAUACUAUGCGGCGUGUACUUUUGGCGGCUUGCUGGCGUGUGGCCUGACCCACACAGCUGUGACGCCGCUUGAUCUGAUCAAAUGCCGUCGCCAGGUCGACUCGAAGCUCUAUCAGAGCAACAUGCAGGCAUACCACAAGAUCCGUGCAGCUGAGGGUCUUCGUGGAGUCGUCACGGGCUGGGGACCGACGUUCUUUGGCUACAGUGCCCAAGGAGCCUUCAAGUACGGUGGGUACGAGUUCUUCAAGAAGUUCUACAGCGACCUGGUGGGCCAGGAACGAGCCAGCCGGUGGAAGACCUCGAUCUACCUGACGGCCAGUGCCUCGGCAGAACUGAUUGCGGACGUCGCUUUGUGCCCGUUCGAGUCGGUGAAGGUGCGCAUGCAGACGACUAUCCCGCCUGAUAUCCGCGGUACUUUCAGUGGCAUCAGCAGCGUCGUUUCCAAAGAGGGCGUGGCCGGACUGUACAAGGGCCUGUACCCGCUGUGGGGCCGCCAAAUCCCCUACACAAUGAUGAAGUUUGCCUCUUUCGAGACGAUCGUCGAAGCCAUCUACCACAAUCUGCCCGGCCAGAAGUCCGACUACAACAAGGGUGCCCAGACGGCUGUGGCAUUCAGCGGUGGGUACUUGGCCGGCAUCUUGUGCGCGGUGGUGUCGCACCCGGCCGAUGUGAUGGUGAGCAAGCUCAACGCUAACCGACAGGCCGGCGAGGCAUUCGGGGCGGCGAUGAGUCGUAUCUAUGGUGACAUCGGGUUCCGCGGACUGUGGAAUGGAUUGCCCGUCCGAAUUGUGAUGAUUGGGACUUUGACUGGAUUGCAGUGGAUGAUGUAUGACGUUCUUUGCUACGACUCGUUCAAGAUCUUCAUGGGUCUACCCACGACGGGAGGAACGGGCGAGAAGAAGAAGGGACACUGA